GCGCGGCGCUCGGGAGUCGGAGCGCACUCUGCCUGCAGACCGCUGUGAGCGCCGCCUCCCGCGGCCGCCGCCGCCCGACAGCGCGCCCCGGAACAUGCCAGCCUCGCACCGCCUGCGCUGACUUCCCCGAGGGGCGCCGCGGCCGGCACGGCGACUUGCCGGGCUCUCGAUGCUCGGCUUGCUGCCCGCCCUCGCCCACCCUUGACGCCGCGGACCGCAGCUCCGCAGACGUGCCGCGGCGCGGAGGACCGUCCAGCCGAGUUCUCUCUCCCUCGCGCGGGCAGCCAUUGUUUGAUGUCCUGUGACUGAGAAACCAGCCUUUUCACUUUCUUACUAUGCCUUUGGAGAUGGAGCCCAAAAUGAGCAAACUCGCCUUUGGGUGCCAGAGGAGCUCCACGUCAGAUGACGACUCAGGCUGCGCGUUGGAAGAGUAUGCCUGGGUACCCCCAGGCCUUCGACCCGAGCAGAUCCAGCUCUAUUUCGCUUGCUUACCAGAGGAAAAGGUUCCUUAUGUUAACAGCCCUGGAGAGAAACAUCGAAUUAAACAGCUAUUGUACCAGUUGCCACCACAUGAUAAUGAGGUGCGGUACUGCCAGUCUCUGAGCGAAGAGGAGAAGAAAGAACUGCAGGUGUUCAGUGCCCAGCGGAAGAAAGAAGCUCUUGGAAGAGGAGCGAUCAAGCUUUUGUCCCGAGCAGCGAUGCAUGCCGUGUGCGAGCAGUGUGGGUUGAAGAUAAAUGGAGGUGAAAUUGCAGUGUUUGCCUCCCGUGCGGGCCCUGGAGUGUGUUGGCACCCUUCCUGUUUUGUCUGCUUCACCUGUAACGAGCUGCUGGUCGACCUCAUCUAUUUUUAUCAGGAUGGAAAAAUUCACUGUGGCAGGCACCAUGCUGAACUGCUGAAACCACGGUGUUCAGCAUGUGAUGAGAUCAUUUUUGCUGAUGAGUGCACAGAAGCCGAGGGUCGCCACUGGCACAUGAAGCACUUCUGCUGCCUUGAGUGUGAGACAGCCCUGGGAGGACAGAGGUACAUCAUGAAGGAUGGCCGCCCGUUCUGCUGCAGCUGUUUUGAGUCCCUGUACGCGGAGUACUGUGAAGCCUGUGGGGAGCAUAUCGGGGUUGACCAUGCCCAGAUGACGUACGAUGGGCAGCACUGGCACGCCACAGAAGCCUGCUUUUCUUGUGCCCAGUGUAAAGCUUCUUUGUUGGGGUGUCCCUUCCUUCCCAAACAAGGCCAGAUUUAUUGCUCAAAAACAUGCAGCCUUGGUGAAGACGUCCACGCCUCUGAUUCUUCCGACUCUGCGUUUCAGUCCGCUCGAUCCAGAGACUCUAGAAGAAGUGUCCGGAUGGGCAAAAGCAGUCGGUCAGCCGAUCAGUGUAGACAGUCUCUUCUCUUGUCCCCUGCUCUGAACUACAAGUUUCCUGGCCUGUCAGGCAAUGCUGAUGACACCCUUUCUCGGAAGUUGGAUGAUCUGAGUCUCUCCAGGCAGGGAGCAAGUUUUGUCAGUGAAGAAUUUUGGAAAGGCAGAGUGGAGCACGAAACCCCAGAAGAGCCUGAAGAAUGGGCUGAGCAUGAAGAUUAUAUGACGCAGCUCCUCCUCAAGUUUGGUGAUAAAAGCCUCUUUCAGCAGCAGCCCAAUGAGAUAGAUAUUCGAGCCAGUGAGCAUUGGAUAUCUGAUAACAUGGUUAAAAAUAAGACCGAGUUAAAGCAAAAUAACCAGAGCCUUGCAAGUAAAAAAUACCAAUCUGAUAUGUAUUGGGCACAGUCCCAAGAUGGACUGGGUGAUUCUGCUUAUGGCAGCCACCCAGGCCCUGCAAGCAGUAGAAGGCUCCAGGAGUUAGAUCUGGACCAUGGGGCUGCAGGAUAUAACCAUGAUCAAACACAGUGGUAUGAAGAUUCCCUGGAGUGUUUGUCAGACUUGAAACCAGAGCAAAGUGUUCGAGAUUCUAUGGAUUCUUUGGCUUUAUCUAAUAUCACAGGGGCUUCAGUGGAUGGAGAAAGCAAGCCGAGACCCUCGUUGUAUUCCCUGCAAAACUUUGAGGAGAUGGAGGGAGAGGAUUGUGAGAAAAUGAGCAAUAUGGGGACUUUGAACUCUUCCAUGCUGCACAGGAGUGCAGAGUCCUUGAAGAGUCUAAGUUCAGAGUUGUGUCCAGAAAAAAUCAGGCCUGAGGAGAAACCGGUGCAUCUGCCUGUGCUUCGAAGAUCCAAGUCUCAGUCCAGACCACAGCAGGUCAAGUUUUCGGAUGAUGUCAUCGACAACGGAAACUAUGACAACAUCGAAAUCCGGCAGCCUCCGAUGAGUGAGAGGACUCGAAGACGGGUCUACCAUUUCGAAGAGAGGGGAUCCAGGUCUCAUCACCAUCGCCGCAGGAGAAGUAGGAAGUCCCGCUCUGACAAUGCUCUGAAUCUUGUUGCAGAAAGAAAAUACUCUCCCAAGGAUAGGCUGCGGCUUUACACCCCUGAUAACUACGAGAAAUUUAUACAGAAUAAAAGUGCCCGGGAGAUCCAAGCAUACAUCCAGAAUGCUGAUCUGUACGGACGGUAUGCCCAUGCCACCUCCGAUUACGCUCUCCAGAACCCGGGAGGGCCUAGGUUUCUGGGACUCUACGGUGAGGACGAUGAUUCUUGGUGUUCCUCCACCUCCUCCUCCUCUGACUCCGAAGAAGAAGGAUAUUUUCUUGGACAACCAAUUCCUCAACCCCGGCCCCAGAGAUACGCCUACUACACAGAUGACCUUUCGAGCCCAACUUCUGUACUCCCCAGUCCUCAGUUUGGUCAGAGGACAACUAAAGCCAAGAAGAAAAAGGGACCCAAGGGCAAAAACUGUAUUAUUUCUUAAUCUAGUAGCUGUGGAGAUCAUGUUUAAACUUUGCCAUUAACCAUCUUGAAGCAUAUCUUUUUUCUUCCGUAGGAAAGUUGCUAAAAUAGUUUAAAGUGCUUUAGCCAUGUAAAUGAGACCCCUGCUGCUGUUUACAGUGUCAGAUUAACAUUGGGAAGGUGUGAUUUCUCCAGUUUGCCCUCCUUGGAUGGUGCCAGUUUGAUGUGACAUCUUGUGCCUGCCAGGUGCAUUACAGUUCUAUGUAGCGGCUUUGGUCUCCAAUCCUCAAGAGAAUCCUCAAGAAACUGUCACGAGGUGAUUGGACAGGGGGGUUGAUUUUAGACAAUGGAGAACUUCCGCCACCUUUGUAAAGCGAUAGUGUUUGUCGUUUGUCUACACCAGGUUGGCCCAGGUCCUGAUCAGUCUGUCUUGUUAUGCGGCAUGCACGUAGUCACACUGACCCAGCCAAUUCUGUGCAUCCCAUUGUACGAGACCACCUCGUCCCCUUUCAGUUAGCCAGGUAAACAGUGCAUUGUAUUAGCUCCAGCUACAGAUUGAAAAAGACAUUGCUAUUUAUAAUGUAGUAUUUCAUAGACUUAAGUGUAUUCCUAAUUUAACGGUGCAAAUAUUAAUGUACAUAUGUACAGUUCAGAUUUUAAAGCUGAUAUUUUUAUAUCCCUGAAUUGCAAGACGUUUGUUACACUGCAGUGCUAGAUUUGUUGGGGAACCAGAAACAGCAUUUAUGGAUGAAAUGAUUGCUUGUAUUUUAGUCAGGGUUUAUAAGCUUAGAUGGUCAAAUUUAUAUUGCCUAGUGAUGGAAAGCUUAAAUUUUUUGAUUUUUCAAUAUUAAAAAGGCUCUGUAUGCAUGGUGGGGCUAUGUAAAUACUCUUUAAAACUAUGGCCCUAUUAAUCUUACGAGUGCUAUUUAUGGGUCAAGCAAUGUAAACUGUAUAAAUGUAAAAACAAACCCAUACAUAUCCCUGGAAUAUAUGGUAAAAACAAGUA